CCUCGCCGGCUUGAUAUGGCCCAUAAAAGACGCCGCGCGCUGUUCAAAAGAGUACCGGCAGCAAGGAGCCAACGGAGCCAACGGCAAAGGAAGAUCCGGGAGACAUCCAACAGCAAGGAGAACCAUGGACCGUGCCUGCAAGUGUGGAGACCCCAAGUGCGUUUGCACCACGCAGUGCAAGUGCGCGUCGGGAGGAUGCCCUUGCGACAAGUGCAAGAAGUAGGACACGGCGGCAACAGGUUGCAAAACUGUGGGCACCUAUUGCGCAUCAACAUAUAUGGGUGGCCGUCCGAUCCGAAGAAAUUGGCACGACACAAAGACGAGUCGAUUUGCGCGGAUCUGUGGAUCGGCAUAUGCGCGUAGAAGAAUCGGAUGAAAUGACCAGCAAUAAAUUAUUAUAAAGAAGC